CUAUGUUUUUGUUUAUUAGGUUAGGUUAUGUUAUGGUUGUGGAGUAAGUUUGUUUUGUUUUGCAUUUUCUGUUUCUGAAUGAAAUUAUGAUCAAGAAAGUUUACUAAUUACUAAUGAUCGUAAGAAGUCGGUAGUGAUCGAAUUUUAUAUUCGUAGCCUACCUCUUCCCUAGCUGUAUACAACCAUACAACAGUUAGUAGGCUUAACAAACUUAAAUAAAUAGUCCUUGUGCAUAACUUAAACUUGACUUGCCUACUUUAGCUUGUUUGUUUUGAUAUUAGGUGGCUUGUUCAGUGAGAAAAAUGAAUUCAGCAAGCAAAGUUGGUGAGAUAUUUACUGCAGCAGGGACUGCUUUCAACAAACUUGGGGAGUUGACUCUUCAGUUGCACCCCACAGCGGACUCUCCUGCAGGUAAAUGGUCUGAAGAAGAGAUAGAAAUGCUGAGGCAAGCAGUAAAAAGAUUUGGAGAUGACCUUAAUCAGAUCAGUGAACACAUCAAAGGCAGGACUGUGUCUCAGAUCAGGACCACACUUAAAAAGAAGGCAUUUGAGGAUGCAGGGUUGCCAGUGCGACAGAUUCAACUUUCUCAGCCUCAGUCCCAGUCACAGCAAGGCAUGCUGACCAAGACAGCCCAGGAGGUAACUCUCAACAUGCUGAACGCUCCAGAACAUGAGGUAGACGUGGAGGGCCUUCAUGAAGCUGUCAAGGUAGAGUUUGACGGAGCCAUGGAAGAGGUGACAUCGUAGCAGUGAUCUUGGCUGUGAACACUACGAGUGAUAUACCAUAUGAAUAAAUGGACUGUUUAUAAGGCAAAAAGGAUUAGGACAUAUGUUUUCUAAACUUUUCAAAUCUGAAAAACAUUACCUUAAAUGUACCUAAAAUUAAAUGUAAGCCCUACCUUUAACUUUACUUUUAUAUUUAUUUAGUUUUUUUUUAUAUUUAAGGUUAAAUAAAGAAAACAAACACAGCAUGGAAAUUGUAGUAUUAAAAGUAAAACUUAAAUCAAUUUAAUAAUGUUUAUUUAAUUGUUGUAGUUUAUAAUUAUUGAACAAUAUUAAAUAUUGAACAUGUCACAUGUCACAUGUAAUGCAUGUUUAUUUAUUUUUAAAGUCUACUGUUGUACUGCAUUAUUGUUAAGGCAGGUUUUUAACAAUUUUUUUAAAACCUUAAUGUUCAGUUAAACGUUACAAAUUAUCAGAAAUAUAUUAUACCUGUAAGAGAAAAAGCCUUUUUGUAAUUAUACUCAUUGGUUUUGUAGUUAUUUAAAUUCUGGUACCCUCUCUAAACAAGUAAAAUAUGUUUGUAAUUACUUCACCUUUGUAUGAAUAAAAUGAAUGGAUAUGUAGUA